AUGGCACAAAACUUGGAGAGAGAUAAGAGAUCAAGAACAGCCCGCAAAACACAUGUACGGCGAAUAAUAAGUGAAACCAACGAAUUAUUGACGAUAUUUGACGAACGAAAACUUGACCAUCGGCAAAAAUAUAAGCAUUACAAGUCUACGCUAGAGCGAAAGAGAGACGUGAUUAACGACUUUGACAAGUCCAUUUUAACGGGAAUUAAAGACGAGGAGAUCAAAGCGGAAAUCGAAGAGACGUCGGAGUUUACGGACACGAUAAAUCUGACUUUAAUAGCUCUCGGGGAAUCGAAGAUAUCAAAGGAAAACGAAGGCAAAAAUGUCGAGAACGCAAGUCAACCUGAAAGUUCACCGCCUCUAGAAGAGGGAAAUCACAACACAUCGAGCAGUUUAAUCGGUAGCAAAGUAAGAGCUAGACUUCCUAAGGGACAAUUGUCGACAUUUAACGGAAAUUACACUGAAUGGCAAUCCUUUUGGGACAAUUUUGAGUCGGUUAUUGACUCGAAUGAAGAUUUGAGUGAAAUCGACAAGUUUUCGUAUUUGAGAGCGUCGUUAAGUGGGUCAGCGGCAUCCGCCAUUAAUAAGGGGUUUCCCCUGACAGGAUCAAAUUAUUCUGGUGCAGUUAAAUUAUUAAAGGAAAGACACUUGAGAUUCUCAGAAAAUUAUUAGUACUCACAUGGAUUUAUUGAUAAACUUACCAGCAGUUUAAAUGGGAAAGAUCUUAAGGCUAUGAGACAAUGGACCUUUCACCUUUUGACUAAAAUUUAGAUCUCAACAAGUCUAGACAAAAAUUUCAUCACUGCUUGAAAGAGCUUCACAAAAUUAGUAAUAUUCCAAAGUUUCGUUGCGAAAUGUUGUAAAAUGCGGAAAAUAUAGCCUUGCGAAGUUUGCCGUUUUUCAGUCAUUUUGUAUUACGCGCGGGAAAUACAAACCUCCUUCGGAAAAAGGGUAUGUAUUUCCCGCGCGUAAUACAAAAUGACUGAAAAUUGCAAACUUCGCAGGGCUAUAUUAUCCGCAUUUUACAACAUUUCGCAACGAAACUUUGGAAUAUUACUAAUUUUGUGAUGCUCUUUCAAGCUGUGAUGAAAUUUUUGUCUAGACUUGUUGAGAUCUAAAUUUUAGUCAAAAGGUGAAAGGUCCAUUGAGCGAUGAUAUUGAAGCCCAUAAUGGGGUACUGGAGUCCCUGGGGUGCAAACCAGAACAGUACGGUGAACUAUUUCUACCUUUGUUGUUAAACAAAAUUCCAAAGGAAAUUAGAUUGGAUAUAUGCAGUAAAGUAUCGGAAAAGUCAUGGAACUUUAAAUCAGUUUUAAAACAACUUACUGUGGAACUAGCAAACAGGGAACGAUGUGAAAUAGUAGCAGCAACUAAGAACCCUCAGGAGGAACAUAAAAGAUUUAAUCGUGGUAAAUAUUUUGGCCCAAAAGAUCCUACAACAACAUCAGCAUUUGUGAUUGGAGGAAAUAGAGAGCAUACCUGCAUUUACUGUGCUCAACCACAUUUAUCGAUUAACUGUACAGUAGUCACGAAUGUUACGAAACGGAAGGAGAUCCUUAAACUUAGUGGCCGUUGUUAUGUUUGUACCAUGAAGAACCAUAUAAGCAAAACCUGUCAAUCAAGAACACGGUGUGGCAAGUAUCAGGGACGACAUCAUACCAGCAUUUGUUCUCAAGGCAAAGAAACUCGCAGACAAGAAAUGAGGAGUGUUGAGUCACAAACUGUAGAACACGGGAAACAGAAUAAAGCAGAGAACAGCACAAAGCAAGACCAAAGGAACAAAGACAACACAGUACCUGAAGAGUCAUCAACAAUGUGUGUCAACACGAAGAACGCAGUUUUACUCCAGACAGCUAAAGCGAAAAUUUAUCGACCAGAUAAACCACAUCGUAAACAAAAGGCUAGAAUCAUCCUUGAUGGAUGGAGUCAGCGAACCUAUGUCACAGAAAGAGCUAUCAGUGUACCAUUAAUUAGUGCUCCAGUGCAAGGGCAAUAUUUGAAGCAGGCA